AUGCCGCUCUUCUGCUACAUGUGUGAUCCGAGUCUGAGAAUAUUAUGGUGAGCCAAGCGCCGUGGCUUGGAAGGUUGUCGACCGACGCCUCCAAUCGGUACACACCUCUGCCCAGUUGUGCGUGUGUGGGGUGUAGGGGUGUCCAGCUGUGGGCGCACGUCACGGUCUUAGUAGCCCGAUCGCUUGCUUGCAGAUUUAUUCUACGCCUAGCAUCCAUUUGCUGGUACCCAACAUUCAAAUGUGGCGCCCAGAAGCUAGGUUCUGCCUAGCGGCCGCAUCCCGGUAACCGCCUCCAACGGCGGACUAAACCAGGUGAGGGUAACCGUGUGUCCAUCUCCGAACACUGUCACUCGACUCCGCUGGCCGGAUGGAUCACAACCUCGUAUCUCCGAGAAGAGGCUCCGUCUGAAACACCUCAGGAGGCUACAAGGUAAGUGAGCCCCAACGUAAGCGAACAUUGUUCUGCUGUCUUUGCUUUAUUUGUUCUAACUUGCUUGCUCUCUGUCUACUUUUUCGUGUCUUUCCUUGUUGAAAACUAAAUGCCCUUCCGUUGAAUUUCCCCUGUCUGCCUUUGCUUCUGCUUGUCCUCGCUUGCCUGCCAUUCGCCUACUUGUUUCUGUUUGUCUCUGCUGUACUCUAACUUCAGUAUCUCUGAAUCUAUUUGCCCACCGCUUAUAUUUCAGCAAAUAAUUCGCUUAGAGAGGGACGAGGAAGUUCUGCUUCCCGUCUAUCUACCCUUCCCCCUCGCCCUCCCACCCCUUCAAGCCCUACGGCGAUGUCGUAGGCAGACCCAGGCUAACUCUGGUCGUUCUUCCACUUCACAAAACUCGUGACACAUAGUGGAGAUCAGCAGCCGUCUGGGACAACGGAUCAGCCCUAAUUUGGGAGAGCACUGCUCACUCCCGCGAGGGGGAGAGGCUAUAAAAGGUGCCCUUAACAAAUGCUGGGAACCCACGCCGUCUGCAGGCUAACCGUGGCCUCAGACGAAAAACUCACGGUCAAAACAAUCAAACAAGAAACAGCACACGCUCUCUUUGUCCGCUCACCAUCUUCAUUUCAGCAAUGAGCUAGCUCAACGGCUAGACAACCUUCCUAUCGCUGCCGCCGCCAACGACGCCGCCGCCGCCGCUGCCGAGAACGCCUCCGUGGAGAACCGCUGGUGCCAACUGCGAGACACGGUCCAGUCGACGGCGCUCGCCGUCCUCGGUCGCGCUCCCCGACAACACCAGGACUGGUUCGACGACAACGACGCCGCCAUCAGAAAUAUGCUUGCUGAGAAGAACCGCCUACACAAAGCCUACGUAGAUCACCCCACCGAGGACAACAAAGUUGCUUUCUACCGCAGUCGCCGCCAGCUUCAGCAACGACUGCGCGAGAUGCAGGACGCCUGGACUGCUCGCAAAGCUGAGGAGAUCCAAGGCUAUGCGGACCGCAACGAAUGGAAGAACUUCUUCUCUGCGAUCAAAGCUGUCUACGGUCCGCCGACGAAGGGCACUGCUCCUCUCCUCAGCGCCGACGGUAGCACUCUCCUGACUGAGGAGACGCAAAUCCUACAGCGAUGGGCGGAGCAUUUCCGAAACGUCCUCAACCGCCCCUCCGCCAUCUCCGACGCCGCCAUCGCCCGCCUGCCGCAAGUGGAGACCAACGUGGACCUCGACCUCCCGCCAUCUCUCCAGGAAACCAUCAGGGCCGUGCAGCAACUCUCCAGCGGGAAGGCACCCGGAUCGGACGCAAUCCCUGCUGAGGUCUACAAGCACGGAGGUCCCCAAGUGAUGGAUCACCUGACUGCGCUCUUCCAGGAGAUGUGGCGUCAAGGUGAAGUCCCGCAAGAUUUCACAGACGCAACCAUCGUGCAUCCCUACAAGCGAAAAGAGAAUCGCCAAGUCUCCGAUAAUCACCGUGGCAUCUCCUUGCUGAACAUCGCCGGGAGGAUCUUUGCUCGCAUCCUUCUCAACCGCCUCAAUAACCAUCUCGAACAGGGCCACACCCCUCAACAAGCCGCAAAUCAGCGUGAACGGAACCCAUUUGCAAGUAGUGGAGAACUUGCCGUACCCGGACAGUAUCCUCUCCCGUAACACCAAGAUCGAUGACGAAGUCGCCAACAGGAUCUCGAAAGCCAGUCAAGCCUUCGGCCGCCUCCAAAGCACAGUUUGGAAUCGCCACGGUCUCCAACUGAGCACGAAGCUGAAGAUGUACAAGGCCGUCAUCCUGCCGACGUUACUGUACGGAGCAGAGGCAUGGACGGUGUACACAAGACAGGCACGCCGACUGAACCACUUCCACCUCAGUUGUCUCCGUCGCAUCCUGAGGCUUAACUGGCAGGAUCGAAUCCCCGACACUGAUGUGCUGGAAUGGACGGGAACCCUCAGCAUCUACACCAUGCUGAGACAAAUGCAGCUGCGCUGGAGCGACCACCUGGUGCGCAUGGACGACGAGCGACUACCCAAACGACUCUUCUACGGAGACGUCACGACGGGUUCUCGCCGUCAUGGAGGCCAAAUUCGCCGUUACAAGGAUACCCUGAAGUCCUCCCUGAAGCGCCUGCAAAUCAACACGGCCAACUGGGAAGAGCUCGCACUCGACCGACCGACCUGGAGGAGGACAGUGAAGACAGGCGCUGCCAUCUACGAAGCCAGCCGCAUCGUUGCCGCCAAAGUGAAACGCGAAGUCCGCAAAUCCCAACUUCGCCCAGUACGCAACGCCGCCGCUCAACCGCAACCAACGUGUCCUCGAUGCCAACGAACACUCAGGGCUCGAAUCGGACUUGUUGGACAUCUACGGAUCAACUGCGCAUCUCGAACUGCUCCAACCAUCGUCCCCCCGCCUGCCCCUUCCUCGUCCUCUCCGCCGUCUGCUACCUCUGACUACUAUGCUGCCCCGCCACCGCUAACCUCCUCCUCCUCCUCCUCCCCCCCUCCUCCUCCUCCUCCUCCUCCUCCUCCACCACCACCAAAAUCGCCCUUGCGACGGCCGCUCAGGCGACUGUCACUCACGCAACAACCGACACCACGCACACUGCCUUCGACUCCAGCGGUGAGGAUCGGGACUAUAUCUGCCCUCACUGCGACCGCACCUUCACCUCACACAUUGGCCUGGUCGGUCACUUGCGAAUCCAUCGCACAGAGACUGGCGAACCAGUGCCUGGAGCACAAACCUACACCCACCGCACUCGCCUCCACUGCCCACACUGUCCUCGCACCUUCACGCAUCGCAUGGGUCAGCGCACUUUCCUCACUAUAA